AUGGCGAGUGUCCCGAGGGCGAGGCUGGUGUUGGAGAAGGCUUCGAACUUUUGGUGCUGCCGUCAUCGCCGCCGGCGGGUUCACUGCUCUCCUGCGCCGAGGUUCGGCACUCCUUGUGAAGGCGCACUGCCGUGGCGCGGCUUGCUCGCUGCUCCGGUUGGUCCCAUCCGCACGAUGGCACAGGCGAUGGGAACUGAGUUCUACAAGUUCGGACCGUAUAAGAUCCAUCCCGGCGAGGUGUUCCACUCCACGGAUCUUUCUUACGCCAUGGUGAACCUGAGGCCCCUCGUACCUGGUCGCACCCUCCUCACCUGCGUAUUCUGUUUUUUGAUACUUACUCGAUAGUUCUUGUUUCCGCUUCAUUUGAUGACUCGAAGCCUAACAGGACGGCAGAAGAACUACGAAAAUAAACUAGGUACCUUGAGGCACAUUCCCGACGAUUGCACGCAGAUGAGCCUAGAGUCCCUUUCUUUCUCCUAGGACCACUUUGACUCCUCAUCUGAGAAUAUAUGAAGCUAAUUUAUCGUAUCUAAGAUAUAGGGCUUCGUGAUCCAUUUUCCAGGAUCUGUGGAACCACGGAGACGUUUUUAUUAAUAUUCUAGUUGUUUCACAUUGCUCAUUAAGAAAACACUCCCCUGCUCUCCACAUUUCGUCAAUUCAUCCCAUGCCGGAAAGUAAUGUAUUCUCAGAAGCGCUUAGAUAUGUAACUCCCGGAGAGCCUUGAGCUCUUUGAGAAUAGAGGAUGAAUAAGGAGAACAUGGACUUUAAAGAAAUGCUUUGGAAUGAGGAUGAACGAUAUUUAUGCCAACUUCGUACUUGCUGGACCAUAUUGAAAGUCUGGAAUACGUGCUUGAGAACAAGAAAGCAGAAGGGAAGAAACUAUCAAAAAAUGUCUCGCCUGCUUGAGUCUAAAGUGCCAUUCGCAUAGGGCACACUUGUUGCUAAUUAAUAUCCGUUCACACUCGAUAGAAUUUGCUCUUGUUUACAGCCAGUAGGCUGUAUAAAAAUGGCAUGUCUGUGUCCUCAUUUUCUCUGUUACAUUUUGUAUCAUUUCCAAACAGUCAUUCUGGUUUAUUUCUUUAUACGAUUCAGCUUUAAUUGAAAGACUUAUUGAACUCAUCCCAAAUUGCAGUCUGAUUCUGCCUCGUCUCAUCGUUUUGACAAGACUUUCCUCGUUGGAAAAUGGUUCAACUUUUCUGUGAUUUUGACUUUGAUGCAAAUGAGCACUCCAUUUUAACUCCUGGUUCAGAGACUACUCACGUUCUAUAUUUUGUUUUGGUCUCGCGUAUUCAACCUUCGGACAGGAAGUUGACCCUAAUUGUAGCUGUGUGACAUUCGUUGUGUAUUAAAUACUUAAAUCUCCAAUACUCCGUUUUUGCGAACAUGGAGAAAGAAUGACAAUGAAAUUGAAGACUUACUUUCUGAUUGAAGCUAUUACUUGCCUUUUUAGCACAUAUUUCUGGUCAUUAUUCUAUUAUCUUUAAAUUAUAUAAAUACAAAAUUUAAUCUUAUAAUCUCUUUACUACAGUACUGCUUGCCUAUCAAUUAAUUUUCGUACCAUAGAUGUUCAAGUGAAUGUUAGAGAUAUUUUUUUGAAGCAAAGUGUAUUUUUACAUAGUUCACUGAUUUUUCUUACUUAUUCAUUCAGCUCUUUUUGUUUUAAUCUUUCCUCAUUCUUUGUAUUUUUUGUUCCAGGUCAUAUCCUUUGAUGCGGGGAGUGAGUUAUCUUUUCUGGAGACUGGCACCAUCACUGUGUGCAACUACAUUCAUGUCUGUAGUCUCUUAUCUGCAUACUUUCACACACACAGGCUCAUAUCUUUCACGAAUGGACUGUUUCAGCAAACAUGUGGAUGUACAUCUAAUAGCAUCGGUUGAUACCUAGAGGGGCCACACCUUCUAUUAUUUGUUUUCUUAGGGGGGUUAUAAUAGAUGUGUACUCCUCCGAGCUGAAUUUUAAGUCACGAAAACAGGGGCGUACAGGUUAAAUCAUAGAUAUGAAUCCUUAAUCGGUUUGCUCAUGAGGUUUUCUUCUCAUAUAAUUUGUAUCAUGACAAUAGUUCUCCGUUUGCACAUUUGAACAACUUAACAUGCUACACAUGUGCUUGUUUGCCCAAAACGUGAAGUAAAGAGGUUUCCUGACCUCACUGUGGAUGAGAUUAGUGACCUGUGGGUUACUGCACGCAAUGUUGGUGCCCAAAUUGAGCGCCAUCACAAGGCUUCUUCACUUACAUUUGGUAUUCAAGUAAGUUCAUGGUUUAUUCCAAUAUUGACUCGUUGAAUAUCAUGUUACUAUAAAUUAUGGUUGGCUUUGUUAUCUGUGGUUCGUGUUAUUAUCUUCUGACCAGAAGGAAAUCCUGCAUUCGACCUCCUGUUUCUUAGUUCAUUGAAUUAUAAUAUCUAUCUGGCAUUUGAUGGAUGAAUGAUGAACUUUUCCUUUUUACUUUCUGGUGGCGGAGGUUGCUUUCGAAAUGAAAGUUAUGUUAUAAAUUGUGAUUUGGUUUUUCCUAACCAUCCUAGUAGUGUUUCGAUUUUUUUUCUUCUUUUAGGAUAAUUUCAAUUCAGGUUUUCUAUCUUCUAGUUAACUGAUAUUAAGAUCUCCAUUGCGCCUUUUUAAAUGAAUUAUCAGGAUGGACCUCAGGCUGGACAGACAGUUCCUCAUGUGCACAUUCACAUCCUGCCAAGAAAGGCUGGGGAUUUCGAGAAGAAUGAUGAGAUCUAUGAUGCGGUAAGCGGAUGUCUCUUAUUUUCAUUUAUUUGAUAUCUAGGCUUUCGGCUAUCUGAAGCUAUUUUUGUAGAUAGAUGAGAAGGAAAAGGAGAUGAAAAAUGAGUUCGAUCUGGAUAAGGAAAGAAAAGACAGGAGCCCCGAGGAAAUGGCCCGUGAGGCAGAUGAAUACCGCGCUCUCUUCUCUUAG